AUGAACUCUAGCACUGAAGCUCCAUUCACACACCCCACAGACUGCACUGAGCUUCAGGUCCCCAGUCAGGUGUUCAUGGCCAUUGCCGUGGCCAGUCUAAGUGAGAACCUCUUGGUGAUCGUGGCCGUCAUCAAAAACAGGAAUCUUCACUCCCCUAUGUACUGCUUCAUCUGCAACCUGGCCGUGUUUAACACCAUCUCCAGCCUCUGCAAGGCCUUAGAGAACAUCCUGCUGCUGUUUAAAGAGGCCGGACACCUGAACUCUCUUGGUCGUUUUGAGCUGAGUAUAGAUGACAUCAUGGACUCUCUACUCUGCAUGUGCUUCCUGGGCUCCAUCUUCAGCAUCCUCACCAUAGCCGUGGAUCGCUACAUCAGCAUAUUCCACGCGCUACGCUAUCACACGCUCAUCACCAUGCGUCGGGUGGUGGUUACUUUGUCCACUAUCUGGGUGUUGUGUGGCACCAGCGGAGUGCUCAUGAUCGGGUUCUCCGAGGCCGCCACAGUGAAAAUCUUCUUCAUUGUGCUCUUCUUCACAGCUCUGCUCCUCAUUCUCUUGCUCUAUGUACAUAUGUUCCUGUUAGCGCGCCACCACGCCAACAGGAUUGCGUCUAUGCCAGGCGCUCAGGCACACCACAGACAAAGUGGCUUGAGGGGGGCGCUGACACUCACCAUCUUGAUUGGGGUGUUUGUGGCCUGCUGGGCUCCUUUCUCUCUUCAUCUGCUGAUUAUGAUGAUUUGCCCAGAGAACCCCUACUGUGAGUGCUACCGCUCGCUCUUCCAGCUGCACGUAGUGCUACUGGUGAGUCACGCAGUCAUUGAUCCGGCCAUUUAUGCUUUCCGUAGCACAGAGCUGCGCAACACCUACAAGAAAAUGCUCCUGUGCUCAGCUUCAAGGAUCUUUAAAGAAUGUGUCUGA